UUAUUCUUUAAAAAAAAGGACAAGACAUUUAUCAUAUUUUCUUUGAUACUAAAAUGGCGGAUGUCUCAAGCGACGACCGAAAAGUAAAGUUAACAAAAAAUGGCAAAGUUGUUAAAAGACGGUUGCGAAAUCCAGAAGUGAAUAAAAUUAGAGAAAUUUAAGUAUUAUUAUGAACAUUUUCAGAAUGGCAUAAACAAAAACAAAAACGUUUGCGAAUAGCUGGACUAGAAUACAUAAAUGCUAAUGGUAAAGUCGUUCCACCGAAACAGCCAGGGCCCGAUUGCAAUUGCCGCCGAAAAUGCUUUCAAAAAGUCCCAGAAGACAUUCGUCUCAAAACUUUUCAGGGUUUUUAUUCCAUGAAGACCCACGACGAACAGAAUGCUUACCUCUUCGGUCUAAUGAGACAGGUUGAUGUAAAACGGAAAAGAGUCAAAUCAAGUAGUAGACGUACCUGUACCUUCGAAUACUUUAUAAGGGUGAAAGGACGAGAAACCCAAGUAUGUCAGACAGCUUUUAAAAACAUCCAUGCCAUCACAGAGAGGAAAGUUAGAGUUUUAUGCAAGAAGAUGGAUGAUGGAGUCAUGUUUCCCAGUGACAAUCGAGGAAAAAAUAGUCACAGAAGGUCUGGCGAGGUCCGGCUCCCUAAAGGUGUCAUUGACCAAAUUAAAACUCAUAUUUACUCAAUUGUGCACACCCAUAGGUUAAAAGAUUUUAUCAGGCUCGACAAAAUUGCAGGUUUAGAAAUUAAUAUAUCAAAAAUGUGGAAAGAUUACAUAAAGACAUUUGAUCCUGAAAAUAUUUCAGCUACUAUGCCCAAAUCUAAAAGAAGUCUGGAAGGUCAGAGUGAGCAAACACAGACAGCUCAACAUGUACAUCCCCAAGAACCUUUCGGUUCCAUUGCCACAUACUCUGGAAGUGGACACCUCGUUAAUAUAGGUGACAACUAUUUUGAAAGUCAAUAUCAAACUGCUUCAGCUACUUCCAAUGCAUCAAACUUCUACCCUGCCCAAAAUGGCUCUCAAGGGAUGGGAAUAAUUUUGCAAUCAACUGUCACUAGAACUACUCAACCGACAGCAUUUAUUUUACUCCAAACAAAACCUGAACCUCAACAAGAGAAUUCUAUUGCUAUCAGCAACACUCCAUAUAACCAGAAUGAGUUUAUGAUGCAAGAUAAAGUAGAUAAAAGCCUGAUUACAGAUAAAAAAAUAAAAAAGGAAAGAAAAAGAGGUCCACUUGUGAAACAAUGGAGAUACACAAAUAUAUUCCAUGAUGAAAUAAAUGGUGCAGCAUUAGCGGCGAUUAAAACACGACUCGGUAUGUAUUAUGCUGAGAGUGACGCCGCAAGGAAAAAAGCCAAGGCUCGCCCCCAAGAAACUGUUCAGACACAAACCCCUGACCAGAAUCACGUGCGGACGGAAAACCUUAUAAGGACCGACAAUCAGAUGAGGACCGAUGUCACAUUUGUCACACCGAUCAGGCCUUCACAUGAACCUAUGAGACCCAUUGUGACAAUAUACACAUAGUAGCUAACGAGUCUACAUAAAAUUACAUAGACUGAUAAGACUCAAAUCCUCAAACUGACAUCAUGUUGUAUGAAGUAAUUUUGUGUUUUAGCCACAUAGAGUAGAUUGCCAUUUACUGAAGCUUUUAAUUAUUAACAUUAUAUACUGAACAAGUGAUGAUGUUAGCGACAGACCAGUGGUUUGUGCCGGUUUAACUAAUUUAGUUUAAGUAACAAUUAACAGUCACUAUAUUUAAGAUACUUCUACUUGAUUUAUUUAUAUUAUUGGUAGUAAAAAUCAUGACAUUUUUAUAUUAUGGAUUAAGAUCAAAUAGCAGUUAUUUAAAAUUAAACAUUUACUGUGUUAAAUAAUUUUAAUUAUUAUUAUCAUUAUAAGGAAAUAGUGUAUUUUUAUUUAAUAUUUUAAGUAAAAUGCUAAAAAGUA